AUGGCGCACACUCCCAAGGUCGUCGUCGCCGGCGCAGGCCCCGCGGGUCUUCUCCUCGCGCUCUUGUUGGCGCGAGAGGGGGUCCAGGUGACGGUGUUGGAAGCGAAUCAUUCAAUCGAUACGAGACCUCGAGCAUUGCUCUACGGUCCCGCGGCGGCACAAGUGAUUCGCCGCGCGGGCAUCGUCAACAAGGUCUUGGAACGGGGAUUCUUCAUCCGAAGCAUGGCCUGGAGGAAGCUGGGCGGGGAAAAGAUCACCGAAAUCACCGGCAUGGACACGUUGGACAUCCCGGAUCGCAUGAUGGCGUAUCCGCUCAACCUGUUGGCCGAACUGAUCCUGGAAGCCCUCGUACCGCUUCCCAAUGCGACCGUCCUCUGGAACCACCGGGUCACAGCCGUGUCUCAAGACGAGGGUCAAGCUUGGGUCGAGGCGGAAACCCAUGGCGGGACCGUCAAGCUGGGUGGUGAUUUUGUCGUCGGAUGCGACGGCGCCAGGAGCGGCGUCCGCAAGGCCCUGUUCGGGCGCAAUUUCAGGGGCUACACUUGGGACAAGCUGAUUGUUACUACCAAUGUGUACUACGACCUCGACAAGUACGACUGGUCCGACCUUCAGUGGACACUUCACCCCGACAACUGGUUCGUCUCGAUGCGCAUCACCAAGGACGGCCUGUGGCGCGUGGCGUACGGAGAGGAUGCCUCGUUGACGCCUGAGCAGCUCAGAGAAAGACUCCCCCAGAGAUUUCGGUCCAUUCUUCCCGGCUCCCCGACGCCGGAUCAGUACCGGUUGGCCAAUUUUGCCUGGUUUCGAAUGCACCAACGUUGCGUCGAUCGUAUGAGGGUGGGAAGGAUCAUGUUGGCGGGAGACGCAGCCCACCUGUGCAAUCCCAUGGGCGGCCUUGGACUCACCGGUGGCAUUGCAGACGUUGGGAGCCUGACUGAUUGUCUACUGGGAAUCUUUUCCGGCAAGGCUGGUUUAGACAUCCUGGACAAAUACGACCGAGUCCGACGGGAGAUUUACAACGGCAUCAUCGAUCCCCUGUCGACCGUCAACAUGAACCGCAUGAGCACGGACGGAGAAACGGCGCUCGAAACAGACCAUUUCCUGCAAAUGGCCCAACAGGCGGGGAAAGAUUGUGAAUCCGCCGCCGAGUUUAUGAUGCAAGAUUUGGCUCUGGGAGCAGACAUGACUCGGUUCUACAAUCAGCCAGAGACCAGGCUUUAG